AUGGAGGAGGCAGACAAGAUGAUGAUUUUCAAUGAGAUGGAUCGCGAGAAAACUCCGGAAAAGGAAGGCCAUGUUGAGAUAAAGCAAAGUGGAAAAAUGAAGAAGGGAAAAAUAGCUGAAGGGAGAAGCGAGAAAGAAACCCCCAGUGCGAAGGAAAAACGAACCCCGCAAGGCAGAGCAAAGGAAAACAACUCCAAGCGCAAGAAGGUAUCAAUACAAGAGGCUGAGAAAAGUGUUAAAUUGCCCGGUCAUUUCGGUAAGGAAAAUGAGGCAUGCGACGAAGACAAAGAGAUGGAGCAAUUAAAGGAGGAACUCUACCAAGAAAGACGAAAGAAGGAAGACUUGGUACGAGAACGAAUAAGGCUAGAAAGGCAAAACGAUAAGCUCUUUAUUAAGAACAAUCACCUAAAAAGAAAACAAACAGAACAUAACACCCAAAGGGGAGAAAAUGCUUCGGGAAAGAAAUUGGCAACUGAAGGAUGUCAUGAGUAUUGGCGAGAUAGAAAGGGGCGAGGGGAACAAAAUGAACGAGAAGAUCUGAGAAGAGCAAUAGAAAGCAGCGGGAGGGAGUUCAGGGAAAAGGAAUAUCGUAUGCAACAAUUGAUGGUGAAAAGGAGAAAAGGCGCAACGAGCAAUGACCCAGUGACAGGGAGAAAAUCUGGAACGCGGGAAGAACUAGAAAUGAUGAACAAAUGUGCGAGAAGUGAGCCAUGUAAACCAGAAAUAGCGGCAUUAUUUUCGUUGAAACAAAGGGGAAAUGAAAGCUUGCGAAAUAUUGUGUCAAGGUGGGAUACGCUUUGCAAAUAA